AUGGCUCAACCUACCAACUUUUCCGCUGGCGACGAUGACCGUCACUCCUCGACAACCAUUCCGGCCAUGCUUUGGCAGCAAUUGGGCGGGGGUCACGACUCCGAGACCUUGAGCUCGCCUGGUGGCUCGCGGGAGGGCACCCACGAUACUCGUGGCGUCACCGUCUAUGUCACCGGUGAUGACGAGAUCGCGCACUUGCGUGAGGAGAACCAGCGCCUGCGCGAAGGCUGCGAUACGCUCUGGCACGAGAACGAGUACCUCCGGUACGAGAACAACUGCAGAUGGGAAGAAAACGAGGCACUACACGCAGCAGAAGGCCACAACCUGGCAGUCAUUCGGUCCCUUGGGGCCGAGAACAUCAGUCUCCAGGACCAGAACACUGACCUCCGGGAGGAGAACACCAAUCUCCGUGAUGAGAAUCUGGGCCGGUGGGAGGAGAACGAGGUUCUUCACUACAACGAGGAGCACCAUCUGGCCAUCUUGCGAUGGUACCUCGUGGUGCUUGCCAUGACCAUUGGACUCGCCGUGGUCAUCGAACAAGAAGACGUCGCGAAGAAGACCACGGCCCUCGACCAGCUGUGCGAGCUCCGAUACGAGAACACGAAGUUGUGGGCCGAAAACAACAGAGUCGGCGAGGCACUCGGUGCCACAAGAACCGAGAACGAGCUUCUGCAGUCGAAGCUCCGUGAGCAGGAGGAGGCUCACGACCAGGAGGUGGAGGAGAUAGAAGCUCGCAUUGCGGAGCUGACCGCCGCAUUGAAAUGCGAGCAGGUCCGCGACAGCUUCCGAGCGGCUGGGGCCAGUAUGGCUGCUAGGAUCGAGCAACCGCGCAGCCCCUUGCAGUCACCACCGCUGGCGAGACGUUGCUGCGACUGA